CUAUCUCCGUGUAGACGUUACUGUAUUCUGAAAUACGUGUAUCAUAUAUAAUGCUGUAUAAGGAUAUAAUGUAAUAUUGUAUUGACAAACUGAUGAAAUGAAAAUCGGAUCCUAUUGAACAAAUCCCUUCAAGUUUCGUUUGUGAAGCGAGAACUGUCACGCAUUGGUUGGCUGACAAAAGGCAUUGUGUAUAGUAAACAAUAGACCUGAAUUCAAACGGCCGUGAGCUCAUCAUCGUUACCAAACGACGCGACGCAGUACCACACUGUAAUUGCCAUUUUAAAUUUACCCACUGUUGAUAUUUACCACUUGUUGAUAUUUACCACUGUUGGUCGGAACAAUAAGCAAAGGAACCUAUAUAACGGUGACGGAUCACUCCAAUAGAGUGGAAAUUUGAUGACUGUCUGGAAUUAUUGUGAUGUUGUUCAUUUGUAAAUUUUACACUCAGUUUUAGCAGCAAUGUGGUUGAACAUUUUAGGAUUAGUUUUUUUAGCAGUUGUGCCUAGCAUACCUGUCACAAACGCACAAGUGCCCUGUGAGAGCCAGCCAUGCCAAAACGGAGGCCAGUGCGUGGAUGUCCCCGGGGGAGCAUUUUAUAUUUGCACGUGUGCAGACGGAUAUCAAGGAACAAAUUGCGAAACAAUAAUUGGUAGCUUUGAUAUGUGUCUUGGGAGAGAACCUCCUUGUCAGAACGGAGGGGUUUGCAAUCCAGAUGACGUCGGGAGUGCAUGCAAUUGUCCCAAUGGAUAUUCUGGUGAUGAUUGUGAGAUAGUUACAACAGCGUGCAGUAAUAAUCCAUGCGAGAACGGUGGUACAUGUUUGCUACAGUCAGGCGUAAGUGGGUACACGUGUUCCUGUCUUACUGGCUUCACGGGUAGCGAGUGUCAGCUAGAGGAUGGCCCUUGCGGCAGCAGUCCGUGCCAGAAUGGGGGACAGUGUAGCACAUUUGCUAACAACUACUUAUGCAUAUGUACUGAAAAUUAUAUUGGUACAAACUGUGAAGCAGAUGACCCAUGUUUAGCGGAUCCGUGUUUAAAUGGAGGAACUUGUGUCACGUUCGCAUUAACACAGUCUUUCGUGUGCUUUUGUGUGACCGGUUAUUCAGGAGACACAUGUGAUACAAACGACCAGGCAUUUGAUUCUUGUUCUCCGAAUCCGUGCCAAAAUGGCGGAGAUUGUGAAAGUUUAGACGGGAGUCCAGUUUGUAACUGUCUUACUGGAUUUUCUGGCGAUAACUGUCAAAAUUUGGGUGGAACAACAGACUCUACAAAUAUAUGUAUGGAUAACAAUCCAUGUUUAAACGGCGGUAACUGUGUGUUGUUAAUUAGUGGAUAUUUCUGCCUGUGUCCAACUGGUUUCUUCGGUGAUAACUGUGAAACAGCCCUGGCUUGCUUAGCUAACCCAUGUUCAAACGGUGGGACAUGUGUGAGUAGUAGUAGCAGCAGCACUGGUUACGUUUGUCAGUGUUUACCAGACUUCGAGGGAUCUACGUGUGAAACGCCAAUUUUUAUAUUGGAUGCUUGUGCAAAUGAUCCAUGUCAAAAUGGCGGAACGUGUAACGACAUCAACAACGGUUAUUUCUGUACAUGUUUACCUGGUUGGUCUGGUACACAGUGUGAAAUAGGUGAUGGGUCCCCUUGUGAUAGCUCCCCUUGUCAGAACGGAGGGGCUUGCAACGAUUUGAACACAUUCUAUACAUGCACGUGCGCAGAUUCGUGGACUGGACAAGUAUGCACAACUGGUACCUGUGGUCGGUCCAGUCCAUGUUCAAAUGGUGGAUUAUGUGCAGAUGGUGUUGAUGGUUCCAUUUACACUUGUGAUUGUCCUACCGGAUAUCUCGGCGAUACGUGUGAUCAAGUUGAUCCAUGCUUGCCCAGUAAUCCAUGCCAAAAUGGUGGUGCGUGCUCUGCAGAUUCUUCAGGCUUCGUGUGUACAUGUACAGUUGGCUGGGUUGGCACUACGUGUAAUACCGUUAAUGGUUGUACUGGAAACCCUUGUCAGAACGGUGGAACUUGUGUUGGAUCUGGUUUUAGUUUUAGUUGUGACUGUCUGGCUGGUUAUUCCGGCGAUCGUUGUGAAAUUAGUAAUCCAUGUGUGUUGAAUGACCCAUGUUUAAAUGGCGCAGUAUGCGCACCUGGUGGCUCAGGCAGCUAUACGUGCAUUUGCGCCAAUGGGUUUAUUGGUCAAAAUUGUGAUGCAGUUGACUUGUGUUUCAAUUUGCCAUGCCAGAACAACGGGAUAUGUUCUUUAUCAACGAAUAGCUAUGUAUGCGACUGCGGUCAGGAUUAUGUUGGUACUAAUUGCGAGUAUGAUAAUCCGUGUAUUCCCAAUCCUUGUGAGAACAGCGGAACCUGCAAUCUCAAUGGAUUUCAGUUGUAUGUUUGUGUAUGCCCGGCUGGAUGGACUGGUACCAAUUGUAAUAUAGAAGCAGCUUGUGACUCAAACCCUUGCCACAAUGGAGCACCGUGUAUUCUGACCAACCCAGGUUAUCGAUGCCAGUGCAGUAUAGGUUGGAUUGGUGUCAAUUGCGAUACAGACGACCCUUGUCUACCAGAGCCUUGUCGUAAUGGGGCCACAUGCUCAAUCAACAACGACAAUGCGAAUUGUACAUGUGUACCUGGUUUUAUAGGUUUAUUAUGUGAAAUAGUUGAUUAUUGUUACGAUGUUCCGUGUUUAAAUAACGCCACCUGUACCUUGAGUGGUUCGGGAUAUACGUGUUCUUGUACACCUGGAUUCAUAAGCACUAAUUGUGAUAUAGAGGACUUUUGUUUUAGUAGUCCCUGUCAAAACGAAGCAAAUUGCAAUCUACUAAGUGAUGGAUACGAAUGUCAAUGCACUGAUGGAUUCCUGGGAAUUUUCUGUCAAAUAAUGGAUUUUUGCUUCAGUAAUCCCUGUCAGAAUGGAGCAACGUGUCUUCUGCUUAGCAAUGAGUAUACUUGCGUGUGCAUUGAUGGAUUCAUUGGGACGCAUUGUGAAAUAGAUGACCACUGUUUUAGUAACCCGUGUGUGAAUGAUGCAACGUGUUCAUUAUCACAGGAUUCUUACGAAUGUCAUUGUACUGAUGCGUUUAUUGGCACUAACUGUGAGAUUGAAAAUUUUUGUCAAAGCGAUCCUUGUUUCUUUGGUGGAAAUUGUACUUUGAUUGCUGUAGGAUAUGAGUGUGAAUGUACUGAAAAUCACCUUGGAGAAAACUGUGAACUUACCGAUUACUGCUUUAGUGACCCUUGUUCUAAUGGUUCACCUUGCACCCUGAUGCCUGGUGGUUACUCGUGCAAUUGUAGCACUGGAUACGUCGGGCUCAAUUGUGAUGUCUAUGACUUAUGUAUAAGCUACCCAUGUCAGAACGGUGCUAGUUGUAUUCUUAGUAACUAUGGAGCGUACAGUUGUCAAUGCGAUAGGGGCUUCCUCGGAACUCAUUGUGAAUAUGUAAAUUACUGCAUUGAUGAACCAUGUCAUAACGAGGGACAGUGUACCAUAACAACAACCGGCUUUACUUGUCAAUGCCAAGUGGGCUUCAUAGGCAUCACAUGCGAAUCAUUCAAUUACUGCUUGUCAUCACCUUGUCAGAAUGGGGGUGUAUGUAGUGUGACGUCAUCAGGAUUUUCAUGCAGGUGUCCUCGCCUCUGGACAGGAAUCACCUGUACCGAAAAAAUGCCAUGUGAUUCUUCACCUUGUGUAAAUGGCGGUCAAUGCAGUCUUUCAAGCUCAGGGUUUGCCUGUGCAUGCCCUGCAGGUUGGACUGGUACAACAUGUUCAGUUGAUGCUGGGAAUCCUUGUGGAAGCAGUCCGUGUAUAAAUGGAGGGGAUUGUGAACUGGUAAAUUCGAACACAGCCUACAUAUGCACUUGUCCUCUGGGUUGGUCUGGCACUCAUUGUGAAAUUGAAAUUGCAGUAAACCCAUGUUUAAGCUACCCGUGCUUGAAUGGAGCAUUUUGUCAAAAUAAUGUUACGUCGUUCUCCUGUAUAUGUAAUACAGGGUAUUUUGGAACUACCUGUGAAAUGAAUGACCCAUGUAGGUUCCCGUUAUGUGAAAACGGUGGUACUUGUAUGCCAAUUUCUCAAAGUACAUACCAGUGCGAAUGUCCUUCGGAGUACAGCGGUCCUAGGUGCGAGCAAGUAUCUGACUUGUGUGUGAAUAAUCCAUGUCAUAAUGGCGGUGAUUGCACUUCAACGGGAACAAGCUAUUCCUGUACUUGUGUCGCUGGGUACAUUGGUACUAAUUGUGAAACAUUAUCCGACCCGUGUGCGACUAAUCCGUGUUUGAAUGGUGGUGUAUGCAGUUCAUCAGGAACAAGUUAUAUCUGUUCUUGUACGGUUGGGUAUACCGGUACUAAUUGUGACCAAGCCUCUGACGCGUGUGUGAAUAAUCCGUGUUUGAAUGGUGGCAUAUGCAGUUCAUCGGGAACCAGUUAUAUCUGUACUUGUGCCGCUGGGUAUACUGGUACUAAUUGUGACCAAGUUAUGGAUCCUUGCGCUCAGAAUCCUUGCUUGAACGGUGGUGUAUGCACGUCAUCCGGCAACUUUUAUGGAUGCAUCUGUCCAGAUGGAUUCACGGGAUUUUUGUGUGAUACUCAACAGAGUAGCACUACUGACACUGACAUUUCUACUGCUGCCACUGCAUCUCCAAAUCCAUGUGAUAACGUUUUUUGUCAAAAUGGCGGCCUUUGCACUGUGGAGGGUAACACGCCACGAUGCGUCUGCCCUUUCGGUUAUGAUGGACAAUACUGUCAAACAGGACCACCUUCUACUUGUGACCCAUCACCUUGCUUAAACGGUGGCACUUGUAAUUUAUCAGGAACAAGUUACAUUUGCUUAUGCCCAGAAGGCUAUUCAGGACCUAACUGUGAAAUCGCACCCCCAGAUCGUUGUACAAUGAACCUAUGUCACGAGACGGCAACAUGUUCACCUGAACCUAAUGGAUACACCUGUAUAUGUGCACCUGGGUACAGUGGAACACUAUGCGACGUUGAAAAUACCGUUGUUAACCCAUGCAAUGUGAUGCCGUGUUUAAAUGGUGGUGAUUGCAUCAAUUAUAUUACCUCGUAUGAAUGUAACUGUAGAGAAGGAUACUCUGGUGUAAGAUGUGAAAACGAGGCAAAUCCUUGCAGUUCCAAUCCGUGCCAAAAUGGCGGCGAUUGCUUCAGUUCCGUAACUUUUUAUGUGUGUAUCUGCCAGGCGGGCUUCACUGGAACCAGUUGUGAAAUAGUGCAAGAUCCAUGCUUGAGCAAUCCCUGCCAAAACGCUGGAAAAUGCAACAACUUCUAUACGUACUACACUUGUACUUGCUUGAUAGGCUGGAGCGGAACCAACUGUGAGAUAGUGCCUAAUCCCUGCGUGAGUAGUCCCUGUCGUAAUGGGGCUACAUGUAUCAACCAGGUCACUUCGUUUCAAUGUCUGUGUGCUGCAGGAUAUACCGGUGUUAUUUGUGAGAUAGUUCCGAAUGUUUGUAGUAGUAAUCCAUGUCAAAACAAUGGAGUUUGCACGAAUUACUAUGUAUCUUACACCUGUACCUGUGUAUAUGGAUUUUCGGGAACGAAUUGUGAACAAGCUAUCACAGUGCCACCCAAUAAUAAUCCAUGUGAAAUGAGCCCGUGUCAGAAUGGCGGUGCGUGUUUUGAUCUCGGCAAUGCAUAUAGCUGCUCCUGUCCUACAGGCUACCUUGGAGUCCACUGUGAAACUGUGAUAGAUGUAUGCUUUAGUUCUCCGUGCAUAAAUGGAGGUAUCUGCAGUAGCCAAUCAAAUGUCUACACCUGUCAGUGUCCAGCAGGAUUCAUAGGCACAAAUUGUGAAAUCAUAGAAAGCAAUCCAUGCCUGUCAAGCCCAUGUAUCAAUGCUGGGGAGUGCACUAUCACAGCCGGAGGCUACGAAUGCCUUUGCAUUCCAUCCUACACGGGAACGAACUGUGAAGAAGUUAUUCAGAAUACUGGAGAUAUGUGUGAAGGUAGCCCAUGCCAGAAUGGAGGGCAGUGCAUUAACUAUAUCACAUUCUAUGUAUGCAAUUGUAUAGAUGGAUUCAUUGGUCUUAGCUGCGAAAAUGAUGAUGACGGAUUAUGCUCAGUAAACCCUUGUCAGAAUAGCGCCAUAUGUGAAUCAGAUGGAACAACUUAUACCUGCAGAUGUUUUAAUGCAUUUUUCGGUGACAACUGCGAAUAUGGACCAGAUCUUUGUAUCAAUGACCCUUGCGAGAACGGAGCUCAAUGUAUUAGUCAUUUUACUGAAUAUUCAUGUGAAUGCCCAGAUGGUUUCUACGGAACGCAUUGUCAGCUUGUUACUCCUUCUACUACAAUGGAACCAUACACAUUGUGUGAAGACAACCCUUGCCAAAACGACGCUUUGUGUAUAAUGGAGGUUAAUCAGCAACGCUGUAUCUGUCCGUAUGGCUUCACUGGACAACUUUGUGAAAGCGGGCCAUGUACAAAUAGCACAGUAUGCCUAAAUGGAGGUGUGUGCUACGUUACCAGCAAUAGUUCAGUUGGCUGCAUUUGUCCAGAUGAUUACAUUGGUAUUCGUUGUGAGAGGGAGAGUCCAUGCAUCGGACAGCCGUGUGAAAACGGGGGUAUUUGUGAAAUUCUUGAUGCUACAUCCUAUAUUUGUAUGUGUGGAGAUGGAUAUGUUGGACUUAACUGUCAAGACAAUGAUAAUAUAAUAACUGAAUGCUCUGAGGAUCCAUGCGGGGAAAAUGGAUUAUGUAUUGUAGAGAACGGACUUCAGAGAUGUGUCUGUGGGCGUGGCUUCACUGGCACAAAUUGUGAAAUAGGUCCGGAUAAUGAAAUAUGCCAACAUUUACCAUGCCAGAAUGGCGGUAAUUGUCUGGCGCUGAAUGACACGUAUUUCCUGUGCGUUUGUUCUGCCGGCUACACGGGAACGCUCUGUGAAUUAAACGAUGUAACAAACCCGUGCAACAGCAGCCCUUGUAGGAAUGGUGGCAUUUGCGUUAACCAGGUCACAUACCAUACUUGCUCCUGUUUUAAUGGAUAUAGCGGCGUUCUUUGCGAAAUUGAACCAGUUGAACCAUCUCCUUGUGAAUCUAUGACAUGUGCCAAUGGGGGGUUAUGUGCUGAAAUUGAUAGCAUGACAGCGACAUGUGUGUGUACACCGGCAUUUACUGGAAUGUUAUGUCAAGAAGAACUUAAUCCAUGUAUUAGCAAUCCGUGUCAUGGUGAGGCCACCUGUACCAACCUAUAUACGUCCUACCUUUGUACGUGUCCUCUUGGAUUCAUAGGAACAGAUUGCAAUUUAACACCGUGCAGCAGUUCUCCAUGUCAGAAUUACGGGACUUGUGUAACAGUACAGAAUGAAUUUGAAUGUGCUUGCAUACUCGGCUGGACUGGAGUUUUCUGUGAAAUAGCUGGCAACCAUUGCCAGUCGGAUCCAUGUAUGAACGAUGGUACAUGCCACGUGAACGAGGAUGGAAGCUAUGUUUGCCAGUGUCUCAUUGGCUAUAGCGGCACACGAUGUGAGAUAUCAACUCACUCAUGUUCGAGUACCCCAUGUCAGAACGGGGGUACGUGUGUACCGUCUGGUAUAGGCUAUACAUGCAGCUGUAGGACAGGGUACACUGGAACACAUUGUGAUCAAACUGAUUCUGUUUGUGAGAACACCCCCUGUCAAAAUGGUGGAGUGUGUAUUUUAGCUGGUGAUAGUUAUAUUUGCGAAUGUAGUGCAACUGGUUUCAUUGGAACUCACUGCGAAAUACCUACAGAUAAAUGCAGUAACACUCCUUGCCAAAAUGGAGCAACGUGUAACAACUACAUCAGCUUGUAUACGUGUACUUGUGCCACGGGAUACACAGGAGAUAAUUGUGAAUCAAUUGUAAAUGCUUGUGCCUCCAUACCGUGUCUGAAUGACGGAGAAUGUGAAAACUUUGUAGGGUAUUUUAUAUGUACAUGUCAAGAGGGAUUCGCAGGUUUAACAUGUGAAAGAAAUCUUCUUGACCCGUGCGGUAGUGGUCCCUGUCAGAACGGUGGUUCAUGUUCCAUGGAAGUAAACUAUCACACAUGUACCUGUCCACAGCAGUACAGUGGAUACAACUGUGAAACAUUGACUGAGUGCGGAGGCACUAUUCAAGUGACUAGCCAGCUUUACACCAUAAUGUCUCCAAACUACCCUGCAAACUAUUCUGAAAAUCUAUUUUGCAAAUGGAUCGUAUACUCAGAUUCAACCACAUUGAUAAAUGGAAAUCUGCUGGAAUUCGAAACAAUUGGCCCACUAGACUGGAUAGAUGUUUUUAAUGGUGAUGUUGUUGAUUCGUCUCAGCUACUGAUGAGGGCGUCUGGUAAGGACAUGCCAGCUCCAUUCAUUACUUCAUCUAAUCAGAUGCUCCUAGUUUUCAAGUCAAACUCUGAAUAUAAUGCCAAAGGAUUUGAGCUCACUCUAAAACAAAUACCAGACAGCUGCAUGAAUGACCCUUGCUUGAAUAGUGGUGUUUGUACCAAUACAAUUGAUGGUUUCACCUGUACCUGUCCCAUGACUUACACUGGAGAAAUCUGUCAAACUUACAUUGGUGCAUGUUAUAGCGAUCCAUGUCAAAAUGGUGGAGUGUGUUAUCAUGAUCCAAAUUUGGAUGACUUUGUGUGCACAUGUAGUGAGGAAUGGAAAGGAACAUUGUGUGAACAAGAGGUCACUCCCUGUGAUAACACACCUUGUCAAAACGGAGGCACGUGUAGUUUUACAGACACUGGCUACGAAUGCGCCUGCUUGACUAACUACAUUGGCGACAAUUGUGAAACAUUAGGUGCAUGUUCCAGUUCGCCUUGUCAGAAUUUUGGAGUAUGUCACAACAUAAACAGCGUCUAUAUUUGCAAAUGCCAGCCAAAUUAUACUGGAACAAAUUGUGAGAUUAAUGAGAUAGGCGGGUCAGCAAAUAAUGCAUUAGAAUCAGUACAGUCGCUUGAUAACUGGGUAUGGUUUGUAAUAGCAUUGGCUGGUGUUAUCCUAAUCAUUGUUAUAGUAUUGGUUGUUACGUUGUUUUGUUUAAAUAACAAAACAGUUGGUAAUUGGGAUGAAGCUGGUAAAGAGAACUGGAAUCUAGAAGACGUAUCUCCUACAUCGUCCAUGAUGGAUGACAGCCCCAUGAAUGGCAGUUAUAACGGUACACCACCUCAAGUAAGGCGUUUACCAUCAAGAUACUCUCAACCGGGAUCGGUAUAUCGGAUCUAAUUAAUAAUGCAUAAUAUAAUGUUUUUGUUUUAUUUUGUUUUGUUUUUUUAACCAAAAAACAUAUUUGCCAAUGGAAUCUAGUUUCUACUAAGUACAAUUUUAUAAUGAACAUUAAAAAAAAUGAUAAUACAGUUUAAACAUGUUAAAAAGAUAUUAAAAGUUAAAUGAUGCAUUACGACAUAGAUUGUGUUAACUAUAGGCCCUAGACCUACAUUAAUGUUAUUAACACAAACAAACAUUCUUGUGAGGUUCAAAGUAAAUAAUACAU